CCGCGCCGGGCUCGGCGCCGCUCGGGCCCGGCAGACGCGGCUUCCGCCCGGCCGGAGCAUGACCCAGGCGGAGAAAGGCGAGGCGGAGAACGGCAAGGACAAGGAGCGCGACCGGGAACGCGAGCAGCGCGGCGUGAAGCGGCCCAUCGUCCCCGCCGCCGUGCCCGAGUCGCUGCAGGAGGUGAGGCGAGCCGAGCGGCGGCUGCCGGGCGCUGCUCCCUCCCCGCUGGGGCGGGCCCGGCCCGGGCUCGGCCUUUUAAAGGCCUGCGGAGGGGCGGUGUGGAAGCGCCGGGAGGGCUCCAGGUGGUCCCGGGGGCUCGCUCUGAUUCCGUGCUCGUUGUGCCACUUUCAGCAAAUACAGAGCAAUUUCAUCGUGGUGAUCCACCCCGGCUCCACCACCCUGCGGCUCGGGCGGGCCACGGACACGCUGCCCGCGGGCAUCCCGCACGUGAUCGCGCGGCGGCACAAGCAGCCGGGCCAGGCGGCCUACAGGGACAGCUGGCUCCUCAGGGACGGCCUCAAUAAACCUGAAAGUACUGAGCAGAGACAAAAUGGCCUUAAAAUGGUGGACCAAGCAAUAUGGUCCAAAAAGAUGUCGAAUGGAGCGAGGCGCAUACCGGUGUCACCUGAUCAGGCCAGGUCCUACAACAGACAGAUGAGGCCUGCUAUUUUGGAUCACAGCUCUGGGGCCAAGUGGACAAACACAUCAAAUCAUCCUGAAUUUUUGGUGGGAGAAGAGGCCCUGUAUGUUAAUCCAUUAGAUUCUUAUAACAUACACUGGCCCAUUAGAAGGGGGCAGCUCAAUCUCCACGCUGGACCUGGCGGCUCCCUCACUGCAGUACUGGCAGACCUGGAAGUUAUAUGGUCACAUGCAAUACAAAAAUACCUGGAAAUACCCCUGAAAGACCUAAAGUACUACAGAUGCAUUUUACUAAUUCCAGACAUCUAUAAUAAACAACAUGUGAAAGAACUGGUAAAUAUGAUCCUAAUGAAGAUGGGCUUCUCAGGAAUCAUUGUACACCAGGAGUCUGUCUGUGCUACCUUUGGAAGUGGUUUAAGCAGUGCAUGCAUUGUAGAUGUGGGAGAUCAGAAGACAAGUGUUUGCUGUGUAGAAGAUGGUGUUUCCCAUCGCAACACCAGGCUGUGCCUUGCAUAUGGGGGAUCUGAUGUCUCAAGGUGUUUUUACUGGCUGAUGCAGCGAGCAGGAUUCCCAUACAGAGACUGCCAGUUAACUAAUAAGUUGGAUUGCCUGCUGCUUCAGCACCUAAAGGAGACAUUUUGUCAUCUAGAUCAGGAUAUUUCUGGAUUACAAGAUCACGAGUUCCAAAUUCGGCAUCCGGAUUCUCCAGCUUUAUUGUACCAGUUCCGAUUAGGGGAUGAAAAAUUACAGGCACCCAUGGCUCUGUUUUAUCCAGCAACUUUUGGAAUUGUUGGACAAAAAAUGACAAUUUUGCAGCACAGGUCACAAGGUGAUCCUGAGGAUCCUCAUGAUGAACAUUAUCUGCUGGCCACACAAAGUAAGCAGGAGCAGUCUGCAAAAGCUACAGCUGACAGAAAGUCUAUGUCAAAGCCUGGUGCAUUUGAGGGAGAGUUGAGAGGCCAAUCCUCAGACAUUUCAGAGAGGAUCUACCCACAAGAAGUGGAGCUGGGCUCUUCCCAGGGUGACUGUAUGAUACCUGGCAAUGAUUCAGAGGAGCCUUUAACUGCACACAUGUCCAGGAAAACUGCUAUUUCUCAGUUUGAAGGCAAAGCCUUGGGCCUGGACAAAGCCAUCCUUCAUAGCAUCGACUGCUGUGCAUCUGAUGAUACAAAAAAGAAGAUGUACAGUUCCAUCUUAGUAGUGGGAGGAGGCCUUAUGUUUCAUAAAGCUCAAGAGUUUCUUCAACACCGAAUUCUCAACAAAAUGCCACCUUCUUUCAGAAGAGUUGUUGAAAAUGUUGAGGUCAUCACAAGGCCUAAGGAUAUGGAUCCACGUUUAAUAGCCUGGAAAGGAGGGGCAGUUCUGGCCUGUCUGGACACAACACAGGAGCUGUGGAUAUACCAGAGGGAGUGGCAGCGCUUCGGUGUCAGGAUGUUGCGGGAGCGCGCUGCCUUUGUGUGGUAGUGGAGGGGCUUACAGAGGAGCCUGUAGGGACUUAACUGAAGAUUCCUUUCCCCAAAUGCCAUUUUUUUCCCAGUGCACAUGAAUUGAUCUUCUGCUGAUAACAUAUUUUUUGUAUUUUAUUAAUAUUAACUUCAACUGAGAUUUUUCUGGACAUGUUGUAAAAAACCAAAAGACUUACUGAAUUCAUUUGACUUCAGCUACCCUUUGUCUUUUAAAUUGUAUGCAUUGAAUUCUGCGUACAGGGUACCACUGUCAUCUCCAGAGUAACUAUAUUUAUAUUAUACAGGUAAUGUAUAUUAAAAUUGCACAAUGUAGGAACUUAUGUGAGAGAUGUUAAGCCAAGAUUCAUUCCAGAAACAUGUACACAGAAGCAACAGCUGAAGAGUGCAGGUGUGGGUUUAAUGUAAUAUUCUGAUUUCUACUCUGAUGUUACCAGGAGAUGAAGUUGUUAUAUAAGUGAUCAUUUGGGUAAAAGUGAAAAGAAGAACUAAAACUACAGUCACUCUUUGUAUUUUACUUAUGUAAUAAAUUAUUUUGUGGAAAGACAAAGAA